AUGCGUCCUCCAAACACCUCUCUGUUCGUCAGGAACAUCGCGGACGAGUCCAGGCCUGAGGAUUUGCGGCGUGAGUUUGGCCGCUAUGGGCCCGUAGUAGAUGUCUACAUCCCUCUUGACUUCUAUACACUUAAAGGCCAAGAUGAAGUCAAAGCCAAGUCAAGCACAUUCGAGGACGUGCGAGACGCAGAGGACGCGCUCCACAGUUUGGACCGAAAGUGGGUUUGUGGACGACAGAUCGAGAUCCAGUUUGCACAAGGAGACAGAAAGACUCCAAACCAGAUGAAGACAAAGGAGCAGCAUUCCCCAGACGGACGCUCCUCUCGAUACGACGACUACGACAGAGACGGGCGCCGCCGCCGCUCACGCAGCCGCAGCUAUGAGCGUUAUCGCUCACGCAGCCCCUCGUACGACCGGCGCCGCCGCCGCUCCGGCAGCCCCCGAGAAUCUCACCGACGACGCCGAAGCCGGAGUCCUGAGGAAGGCGGGUACAAACCGAGGCCUCGCCGUGAGUCCAGGGCUCGCUCUCGCUCUCGCUCGCCCACACCACGAGAGGACGCUCCGGCCGCCGCUCACUUUGAGGAGCAGCCGCGCCGUAAAUACUCGCGCUCACGCUCCGCCUCUCGGUCUCGGUCCCGGUCCCGGUCCUGGGCCGGGAGGAAGUCUGGAGGCCGCUAA